AAUCAGAAUCAGACAAUGGAAAUCCUGCCUACACGAUUCAGUUCAUGGACACCAAUUGAAAACAAAUCACUUAACAAUCAGCUUUAUCAGGAAAGAAUCAGGCUUGUAAGCCACUGGUUUGACUUGUGGACAGACAAACAGCGCAAACAAUUUCUGCUCUUGAUACUGAGCAAGUGCAGUAAAUCACAGUUGAAGUGUGCUGAAAAAUGGUUUGUAGAAAAUAUCCCACUGACCAAUGUAGAUUUCACCACUCUGCUGCCACGUUUUAUUUCUUUGUAUAUAUUCUCCUUUCUCAGUCCGAAGGAUCUUUGUGCUGCAGCCCAAAUCAACUGGCACUGGAAAUUUUUAACUGAACAGGACUGUCUGUGGAUGCCAAAAUGCCUUAAGUUAGGGUGGUUUCUUCCAUAUAUUCCUGAAAAGAAUGAAUAUGGUGCUUGGAAACGAUACUAUAUUGCCUGUGCAACUGACUUGGACUAUUUAACUCCUAUAAAAACUGCAUACUCCCACAGCACCACCAGUGCUCUUAAAGCAAAAAAUGAAGAGCAAGAAGAAAGAUGGCAAGCAAAAUGUCUACGGAAAUUUAUUCGAGAGAGACUGGUGGUGCGCAAAAAGGAAUUAUUCAAAGCUCGUCCACCUUGGUUAAGUGGAACAUGGAGCUCAGGAUUUUACAAGUCUGGAUUUCAACCACGUUUGUCCCAGUCUAUCCAUGACCAGGCUAGAUUACCAGCUCAAUUCUUAAUGAAGCAGUUCAUCUUGUCUUCUGUGAAAUCCUUACCAGAAAGGAAGGGAGACUUCCAAGUGGGACUUCAUUUAUGUAACAUUUUAUAUAAUCAUAAAACUCCAUAUGUAAUACUAACUUUUUGUUUGUACAGAAGGAAUGUUACUUGUAGCAGUUCUUGUCCUAACUUGCCUCACAGAUUUUGUCAAACUAUUUCACAAGAAUACCCCAAUGGGAUGCAUUCUCUCCAUCCACACCUGGUCUUGAUAUCCUCCCACAUUCCUGCAUAUGAGAUGGUUGUGGACAGCGUUAAGCUUGGAGUGGUUCUGGUAGUAUAUGAGCAUUGUGGGACCACAUUGGAAAGCCUCAUUCAUUCUGUAGAAAAGGCCUUGGAUGGCCAAAUAGCAAAGAGUAUUGGAAUAAUUAGUGAUGGAGAUUCCAGAGAGAUUAACUUGCUUCAAGGUUACAAAAUCAACACCCAAAAUCUUCUUAAACCUGAGGUGAGAGAGUUUUGGAAGUGCUUAAAAAGUUGCAUUAUCUCUCCAGAAGAAGGUGGAAGCAUAGACCUCUUUGUUCCUCUGGCAGCUUCAGAGGCAGGAAAAGAGAUCCUUUCUCAACUGACUCGUCUAACUGGAGCAUUCUUCAGGACUCCUACUGGAAUAGCUACUGGGUCUUAUCAGCACAUCCUCAGUGAAUGGCUGGGAAAUCAGAAAGCAAGCUCUCCUCCUCCGUUCCUCUACCUCACUGAAGUAAAAGUGCAGAUAUGGCUCCGAUUCACUGAGCUCCUGGAAGAAGCACUGAAUGCUGUCAGGAAAAAGCUGGGUCCAUAUUUUUUUGAUCUGCAGAAGAACAUGGCUGGCAAAAUUAUUGGUCAAAUUAUGUUUAAUGCUGUGAGUUGGUCCAACAUUCAAGACAACCAAAGAAUAAUCCAGGCUUUGGCUAAUGGAUUAGUUGAACUCUCAAGAGGAAACCAUGAAAACCCCUUGGAAUUUCUAUCAUCUUUCCUGAUGAAAUGUAAUAAGAAUGGAAAACUUGGCAACCAGGAUUUCUUAACUGAAAGCACUUCAGAAUCAUGGCUUGAUGGGCUACUUAAGACUGAUAAACCUGAAGAUAUGAUAGAGAAGCGCCAAAGCUUUGCCAGAGAGCUUCUUCUAAGUGAGAGAAACUAUGUGCACAUUCUGGAAAUUGUGAAAGAUGUCUAUGUUAAGCCAUUAAAAGCAGCAUUGGCAUCCCAUCAGGCCAUCCUAAGUGACAUAAGCAUUCAGCUCAUCUUCUCUGACGUCUUGGACAUUUUACAAGUAAACAGGUGCUUUUUAGCUGAGUUAACACGAAGGCUUAAUGAAUGGAGCCCUGCCCAAAACUUAGGAGACAUAUUCAUUAAGUUGGGCCAGCAAUUUCAAACAUAUAUAAACUUCUUCAACAGCUAUACAGUGAUUCUGAAAACAAUAGACAAGUGCCGAGAAGCUAUUCCAGUAUUCCGUGCUUUCUUGAAGAGACAUGAUCAGACUGUUGUUACCACCAUGAGAAGCUUACAAGAACUUCUGCUGUGCCCUUCUAAAAGGGUCGAAGAAUACAUCACUCUCCUCUAUGCUCUUAGACUUUACACUCCUCAAGAACACACCGACCGUGAAGACUUGACUACUGCAAUUAUGCAAAUGAGACAACACAAGGAUUAUAUAGAUCAGCUGAAACUGAAUGUGGGCAGAAAUGAUCAGCUAUUAAGCACACAAAGGCUCAUCCAAGGAGGUCCUCAGUUACUGAAAGCCAAUAGAUAUCUAAUUAUGGUGCAAGAUGUGGCCCAGCUAAAUUGUUCACAGAGAAUAAAUAUGCCAUUCAGGUCGUAUGAACAUACCAACGAUCUUAGACUUUUCCUGUUCAAUGAUAUCCUCGUUAUUUCACAAUGCAGCAUCUCUUAUAAGCCCUUUGAACGAAUCCCCAAGGUUACUUAUCAGUUUUUGGCCACCGUAAGGCUUCAUCAGCUCCAGACUGAAGAUAUUCCAGAUUCUAAAUAUAUUAAGAAUGCCUUUCUUUUACAAGGGCCCAGGCAUCAAUGGAUUUGUUCUACAGACGAAGACAAGUUUGUAUGGCUUUCUGCAUUACGAAGAGCAAUUCGUUGUAGUAUCAGUGAGGAUGUAAACUGA